CAGCAAGCCAAAGAGAAGGAGAUUGAAGAGAACAUCAAGUUUUUUAAGGAUGUCUUUGACAGAAGCAAUGCGGUGCUACUUGAACUCACAGAGGAAAAGCAUAAAGAAACUGAGAGACGAGGAAAAGAGCUCAUCAGAGAGCUAGAUGAAGAGAUUGUGGAGCUAAAGAGAAGACAAACUGAACUGGAGCAACUCUCACAUCCAAUGGAUUUUACACAAAUUAUUAGCCUCUUGCGCAACCCCAUAUAUACCAACAUCUCAAAAAACAUCAGCGUUCUUGAACAUGGAGGUAUUCUGAGGAAGACCAUAUCACAUCUUCAGAGUGUGCUGGAUGAGAAAAUGAGAGAAACUGUUGGCAGAGAGCUGCGGAGUAUACAACAUUAUGCAGUGGAUGUGACACUUGACCCUGACACAGCUCAUCCUGAACUCAUGUUGUCUGACGAUGGGAAAAAGGUCUGGAAUACAGCUGGGGAUGAUGACCCUGAGACUCGUCGUGCUGAGAUGUCAUGUGGCCAUGCAGUGACUCCACAGUCACUGACUGCAUGGUGUCGUAGUCUGCUCGACCAGGGUCAGCACAAGUUCCUGUGUCCUGCGCUUAAAGAAGGCACACUACAAAGAUGCAAUGCAGAAUGGCCCUAUGCAGAAGUGCGGAGGUUGGCUGUACUGACUCAAGAGGAGCAGAGCCAUUUUGAAGAGACGAUGGCUGUUCUUGCUGCAGCUGAGUACUGCGAACACAAAACCUGUCCUGGAUGUCAGACAUUUGUUGAGAGAGCUGACAUUACCAACCUCUGUGUCAUGUGCACGAUCUGCACGGCUGAGAAGGGUCGCACGUUUCAAUUCUGCUGGCAGUGUAUGAAGGAGUGGAAAGGCCCAGGCCCUCGAUCUGACCGCUGUGACAACCCUGACUGCACCAAUCCUGACAUUGAAAAGUUGGCAAAAUGUCGUUAUAUAACACUACCUGAAGUCAAUAGUGUGAGCUGUCCCUCAAUGCGAGCUUGCCCCACUUGUGGCAACCUUGUGGAGCAUGACACAACAGGGUGUAAGAAUGUCAUAUGUAAUCGCUGCAGGGUAGAAUUCUGCUUUGUUUGCCUGAAAGUCACUCAAGUAUGCUUGCAAACAAGCAGUUACUUCAUUGGCUGUUCUGAUGGGAUUGCGCCACGGCAGACUUCCAUUCCUUCCUGGAAUAGGAAUUGAAAACCAUUGAAGAAGCCAAACAAAAUUAUGUUUUAAACAUAUGAAAUAGAAUGUAAAA